AUCAUUGGUACCGAAAAAUCUUGGUUUCUUACUACCACCAUCCCCACGGAAUAUACCUUGUUCGAGCCGUACCACCACGUUCCCUUCGACCGCUGCGCCUAUUACCCCAACAGUACUUAAUACAUUGCCACGGAGACUUCGGAUCCACGAUUCGAGAAGCAACUUAUUCAAAGUUUCCCUAUGGGCCGCCAACUCCGCCCUCGAAAAGCGCGACCGAGCUACAGCGCUCUAGCUGGUCUCGAUGACACAGACGGUGAUGGUGCCGGACCAUCUAUCGUUGACCUUGAAGACGCCUCAAGCAUGGACAUCGACCUCGAAGAACCAGAACCAGUCAAGCCGAAACCCAAACCCAAAGCAAAGUCUGGAGAUUCCGUCGUCAAGCCCAAAAAUGCUCCUCGCGCGGCUGGUGGGUCCAGGCGGCAGAUGUACGUCCUUCCGACGCCCAGCGUGAAUCAUCGACACCGAGCGGUACCAUUGUAUGCUCGUGAUGGACAGGUCGAACGUCUUAUGGCUCGCCCAAAGCCCUUCAUGGAGACGCAAACGAUGUUGACCAACAAUUUUACCCAAAAUGUCAGGAUUACUGACCGCGUCAACAAGGCUUGGGGGUACAAUGUCGGUGCUGGGCCACUAUGGGAGCUCAUUGAAGAUAGAGGGUGGUUCAAAGAGGGUGUUGCUGAUGCUGAAGUCGAGGCAGACAGACGGCCGACUGUGUAUCGCAACGUGAAGAUGAAAAAUGAUCUGCAGGUGUUAAGCCAAGAGGAAGCUGCUCCGUAUCUUCCUUCUGAUACCACAAUGACAGAAGAGGGCGCGCUGAAGCCUCCUCCUCCCGUUCCCUGUUUCUUUGGUCCGUUCGAUUCUCAAACUCGCGUCGAAAUGGCCCUCUACGAGACCCGAAAGAUUGCCGAGUUCAUCCCCGAAAGCAAAUCCUAUGUGUUCAAUCCUGGGGCGCCUGCGUGGGGUCUUGACUGGUGUCCAAUCCAUCCAGAUGACCGACCAGGCCGUCAAUAUAAGCAAUAUCUCGCCAUCGCUCCUUUCCCUACAAGUGAACAUUCACCUCAAAUUGGCGUUCGCGAACCUCGUCCUUCAUAUGCUUGCAUCCAGAUUUGGUGCUUGGACUCCGAAAGAUUGAGUUGCGAGCUCGUCGUUUGCAUUGACUCUGGCCCAGCGUAUGAGUUGAAGUGGUGUCCUCUCCCAUCGCAUGAUGCUAUUUCUGGCAGUGACUCGAAACCGAGAAAACUGGGAUUACUUGCUGGGACAUUCGAGGAUGGAUCUUUCUCAAUCUUUGCAAUACCAGACCCGGGUGACUUUGAGCGCAGCGGUCCAGAGCCUGUUUUCGUUCGUAUUUCUCAGCCUGUAUUACGUAUCGAAUUGGCGGAGACAGCAUGCUGGACCUUUGAUUGGGCCAAUAGCGAAGUCAUCGCCAUCGGUACAGCGAAUGGUAUUAUAGCUGUAUACAACAUUGGAGCUGCUCUCAAAUCUAUGGAUGAUCCUAACAGCACUCCCAUCACCGACCUCCUUCCUACGCAUUAUAUUUCCGUCCAUCAAUCUGCGAUCCGCGCGGUGGCAUGGAUACGGGCACCACCUUGUGCACCUUCGGGUACACCACGUAUUGAUCAGGACCCCACCGUCAUCGCCAGCGGCGGAUAUGACGGUAUGGAAUGUAUGACAGAUAUACGCGACGGCCGAGGAUCAGUGAUGAAUCGUACAAGAGAUGUCAUCAACACGAUGGCAUUCUCACCUUUUGCGGGAGGUCCCAUUACGAUUGACCACGAGAACAUCGUGAAAGCGUACUCUGCAUCCCCCAGCAUGCUCGGGAGAGGACAUACUCUAAUGGAACCUCAAGGGCCUGUUUGGUGUCUGAGCGCAUCUGACUAUCAUCCACAACUUGCUGUGGCUUCUGCCGAUGGAGCAUGUUCGACAACGAAUAUGUUGAGGUCCACGCGGAGGGGUGGUACGGUUCCCUUCUUCGUCCACAGGAUAUACCAGCUGGACUAUAGUCGCAAAUCGAAGGAGUUCCGGAUGCUAGAACGGUUUCUUCCGCAAGAGACCGUUGAUAGGACAAAGAAUCCGGGCAGCACGAGUACGGGAUCGUGGCCUCGGCAGGUUGGUAUUCAGCGUGUAGUGUGGAAUGAAGGCAACGGUCUGGCGUCAGCGGGACUGUUGGCUUCUGCGACGGGCUCGGGACUUUGUAGGAUUGAUUUCUUGGAAGGAAGGUGGAUGAAGAACAAGAUACCACAUAAUGGUAUUGAGAAUAUCCGGUGGGAGGGUGAGGCCAUGGAGGGUGAAGGUGAUUCAGAUGAUUCUUCGUGAUUGACUUUCUAUUCUUCAAUAUUUUCAUUUUUAUCUUGCAAUGAUGUAGCUCUUUUAUUUGAUGUUUUUUUAAAUAAAUGUUUCAAUUUUGACUCUGAGAACGUGC